AGAGACCGAGACAUGUGCGGAGAGAGAGACAGCGCGCUGUGGAGGCAGGACCGCUCGUCUUGAGGUAGGAAAGACAGAAAAUGUCAUUUCACACUUGUGCGAGCGACGGUCUGUGAGGAGCAGCAAGUUGUUCACUCGCUGGAGCGACAUUUAAAGCGCCACCGCGUCAACUUUACGCGUGAUGCGGCGUGUGGGGGUUCAGCAUCGCGUCUGUGAGCGCGCCACGAACCCGCAACCGAGAUAACUUUCACACGGCAGUUCGACGCGGAAGUGUUGGCUACUUUUUCCUCUCACUGACUGGUGAUAAAGAAGAGCGACUCGCUUCAGGUGGCUUCAGAGAGAGGAGACGCACGGACCGCGCGCAUGUGUGGAGUACCAGCAGGAUUUUAGAGCAAGCGCGUUCGCCUGAAUGGAUGGUAACUAUCCGGCCACUUUUUACGAGUCCGAGAAAAGUUUUUGAAAGCCACUGGAAGGAAGAAUGGAUGCGAAAAGCAAGCGGUAUUGUAGUUUGACAUGCAGCGCUUCUCUUUCCCCGAUCGUCAUGGAAACAUCUCAAGCUAUGGAGGUCGAGAUGCUGGACGGAUCCUCCGUGAGAAGUUCAUUCGCUGAGCUUUGACUUUACUUUUAUUCCUUCGCAGAAGAAUGUGAUGCAUGUGAACGAGACUCACCCACACAUGAUCGUUCUUCUUAAACGCAUCUCUUAUUAACUGAGCUUGUGUAUUUUCUCCCCGUUUGCGUUGACAUUAUGGACAAGAACUCUAUUGCAUAUCAGAUGGAGUUGACACUUUUCAUGGUCGUCCUCCUGUUUUGGGUCACCGUGUGUGCGGAUGACAGUAAGAUCAUUUCAGACCGGUAUGCUGUGUACUGGAACAGCACGAAUCCCAGAUUCUUGCAUGGUGAAUACACAGUUGAGGUGGCCAUCAAUGACUACCUGGACAUCUACUGUCCGCACUACGAGGACCAUCUUCCUCAGGAGCGCAUGGAGCGCUACAUCCUUUACAUGGUCAACUAUGACGGCUACACCACCUGCAACCACCACAUGAAAGGCUUCAAGCGCUGGGAAUGCAACCGCCCGAUAAGUCCGAACGGACCCCUCAAGUUCUCAGAGAAGUUCCAGCUGUUCACACCCUUCUCCCUGGGCUUCGAGUUCCGCCCAGGCCAUGAAUACUACUACAUCUCCUCACCACACCCCAACCUUGGUGGGAAGCCGUGUUUGAAACUGAAGGUGUACGUCAAGCCUACGAAUGACUCUCUGUAUGAGUCUCCAGAGCCGUUCCUGACAGAUGACUCCAGCGGCGGUUGGGCAUUAACGCCUAGUCUGUGGCUCAUGCUUCCGCUGCUUCUGCUCCUGUGCCCCUCAUAGCAUUAUAACCCUCUGAGCCUGGCCACGCCCACCCAACCUGCCCCGCCCCAUCAUACAUCACGAUGACACACCCCACCCCUUCAGUUCUGGAGUCCAGCCAACAGACAUUGAUCCUCACCUGCUCCUUGCACUGUUGAUAUGGAUUUUUACCCAGCCUGCAACCCUGCAGGACAUCAGCUAACCAGCCCUAAUUUGCAAUGACAAUUAAGCCCCACCCAAAUGCCCAAAUUUGGGCGUUCCUGCAUAGGCGACUGACAAAAGAGACAUGUGAAUUGGCUAGCUAUUUUGAGAGCGCUCUAUUUUCUGCCAACAUCCCACCAUCAUCUGCGUGUCAGGAGACCGAUUCAACCGACUGCCAUCUGAAUCGCUCUGUUUGUCUGCGUUAACCACCUACCUGAGCCUUCACUGUCAUCCGAGCUCAAUUUUCACUUUUGUGAGCGCGUGUGCGAGUGUCUAUGCUCGUGUUUGCGUGUGUGUUUGUGCUAUGCCGAUAUUCGCAUAUGAACAGAUGUACAGAGCAGUCACAGUCCCUUACAAAAUUACUAGAAAAAACGCGUUCCAUUACUGAGAGAAGAAGACAAUUCUAUUUGUGAAUCUGCCAAAGACACUACUUAAACUUUUUUUAAUAAGGGGAGUGGGGAAAAUACUGGCUUUGGUAAGAGAUUACAUGCAACCAUGGAACAUUUCAGGCUUUUAGAGUCAACGGAGGGGAGUCACAGACGACAGUGUAGAUUUUUCUAUUAUGAUCUUUUUUUGUCAUACAAAAAAAAAAAAAAAACAAGAAUGUUGCGUAGAUUUAAAAAAAAAAAAAAAAAAACAUAGUUAAAAUGGCCUUUUUUUCACUGGUGCUCAAGCUGAAAUGAGUUUGUCUGUUUUGAACUGCAACAAAUAAUUUUCUUAGCUGGUAUUUUUGACUUGUUUUCUGGUAAAAAUAUUAAAAAAAAAAAGUACAAUAAGUUACAUUUACAUUAAAAACAAACAAAAAAAAAAAUUGUAAGAUUUAUUAUUUCAAAUAGUACCUUUACAUUGAGUGACAUUUUAUUUACCCUAUUGGAAAAAUAUGGAGCCCCUAAAGUGGCAUUUACAGGGAGAAAAAGAAAAAAGACGAAAACAUUUUUGCAUGUGCACAAGAACGUUUCGAAAAUGAAACAUUUUCUCAUUUGCUUAGACAACAGAAUCACAGUUCUGUUCUGUUGUGAAUUAGAUUCAUUGUUUAGAUUUAUUCUUGUUGUUUUUGUACACAUGUAUCAAUGAAAAAUAAAUAGUAUAGGAUUUAGUGAAAAAAAAAAAACUCUUAGUAAAAACUCAGAAACUCUUAGUAAAUUCCACAAAGUUACAAAGAAACAUCAUGCAACACAAUUUAAACAUGACAUUUUUAAGUAAAAAGACUAAAUAGAAUUUCUUGUAAAACAUACUCCAAUGCUCUUUGUUGUUUUACAACUUCAAAAAAUAUUUUUUGGCACUUUAGGGGCUCCAUAGUAUGGAAGUCUGUUCCCGUCACUAGUUGCGUAAUACAAAUAGACAAUUCUGACUUUUUUCUCACAAUUACAAAAUAUUAACUCGCAAUUUUUUCUUCAGAAUUGUGUGAUAUAAGCUUAGAGCUAGGAGUUAUAAAUCCAGCAUUGCUUGAUAUAAAGUCAGUAUUGCGUGAUAUAAACUCGCAAUUAUGAAAAAUAAUGUCAGAAUUGUUAGAUAUAAACUCACAAUUCUUACUUUUUUCUCACAAUUGCAAGUUUCUGACUUUAUAAGACACAAUUGCGAAUUAUUACGUCAGAAUUUUAGGAUAAACUGGCAAUUCUGAGAGCAUAUAAGUCUUUUUUUCCCCUCAGAAUUGGACUUUAUAACUCACAGUUGUGAGUUCACACCUCACAAUUCAGAGAAAAAAUUUGAAUUGCAAGAAAAAAAGGCUGAAUUGUGAGAUAUAAACUCGGAAAUGCGAAAAAAAAAAAGUUGAAAUUGCGAGUUAUCUCGCAAUUGUGAGUUUAUAUCAUAAUUCUAAGGAAAAAAGUCUGAAUUGCAAGAAGAUGUUUUGUUUUGUUUUUAAGCAUAAAACAAAAUUUUUACGUUUGAGGAACAAAAGUAUUAUUUCAAACUCAUCAUUUCAAAAAAUCUUACAUUGAGGGACAUUUCAUGUAACCUUUUGGAAAAUUACAGUCUUAAUAUUUUACACAAACCUACACAAGACAAAAAUACAGAUUAAGAGAAUGUAUUUCUGCAGUGUAUACAGUGCCAAGUGGAAGAGGGGUGUCUGUGUCGAAGAAGUGUUUGUUGUCAGGUCAGCUUUCUAACUUCCGUCCCAGCCUGUGUCGCUCUCUUGUUCUCUUUGUAUCUGCCUCUCUCUCUCUUUCUCUCUCUCUCUCUCUCUCUCUCGCUGUCAUUUUUGAAUGUGGUCUGUUCUAUGUGCCGCCCCGUCACGCAUAGAUCUCCCACACUUGCACUUGCUCCCUUUAUCCGUGCUGAGGAGGGCCGCUGAACGAGAGGCCUCAGGACCCUGAGCGCCCGGUCACUGUGACAUCGCUGUGACAUCACAGGCUUCGGCGUAAAGACUGACGGACCGAGGCCUUGCACUGCAAAUAGAAACGCUACAUGAGACUCCAUAUGAGGGAUUCAAAAUCCACAUAGCACUUCUGCUUUUGAGACAAUUCCAUGAAAACAAAACAAAAAAUGAACAGAAAGGAGAAACUAUAAAGAUGUGGGAAUAUUUGUGCGUUGGAAUUGUUAUGUGACUGUAAAAAUAUAUGUCAUGAAGAUUUCAAGGCAAGCCGGCAUGGAUCGUCUACAAGAACGAACAACGUUUUUUUAAAUGUUUGUUGGAACUUUUAUAUUUUACUUAUUCCUGUGUUAUUUUUAACUUUUCAAAAGAGCAGCAGAAAUUAUUCAUAUGUGAUAUGAAAUUAUAAUGUAGACCCUUGAAUUAUUAGAGCAACGAUGGUACCAGUUCUGCAGUUACAUGAGUCUAGACGAGUCAGAUGUUGCUGUUGUUGUUGUUGUUGUUUCCUGCUUGUAUCACGAUGCAUUCUGGUACAUGUAGUCCUGAAAUGUUCUCUUUUUUUUUUUCUCCAAGUGUUACUAUGAGAUUAUUUUUAUUUGUUAAUCAUGUGGAUAAAACAUAUUUUGAGUUCCUAUAAAAUGUUCAAAUGCUCUGGCAAAGGACAACUACAAGAAAAAAAGGAAAAAACUGAAAUAAAGCUUUUUGUUUAAAAUA